AUGGCUCUGACGCCCGGACAGGUCGACAUUCACCCCGACUCCAAGCAUGCCGAGGUCGACGUGACCCCUUACCUCUCGGCGCCCCUGCCGACUGAACCCGCAGCGGCUCGCGCGGAAGCGCUGAAGCUCAUCGACCUUUCCAAGGAAGUCGACGACGAGCUGCAGCACCACCAGGCCACGCUGGCGUCCAACGGCGUCGGCCAGAGCUCCUCGCUCCUCGACGCCGAAGGGUUCCCAUUGGCCGACAAGGACCUCGUCUCGAUCCGCACCGCUCGUCACCGCAUCGCCGUGCUGCACAACGACAACAAGGCUGUCAGGCAGAGGAUCGAGAAGCUGCUCCAGCAUGCCAUCAACGGCGAUCCUGCCGCGGCUCACGCUACCGCCACCGCUGCCGGCACCGCCACGCACCAUGAGGCGCACAGAGAGCCGGCGCGGGAGCCCUUUGCACGAGUCGACUCGGUCUCGCCCGGAAGCCCCGCCGAGGCAGCCGGCCUGCACGCCGGCGACCUCGUGCUGCGCUUUUCGACCAUCGACAAGCCCAACAGCGACGGUCUGAGGGCCCUCGCGAGGCCCGGCGUGGUCAGAGACGGGGAAGCGAUCCAGGUCGUCGUGCAGAGGACCAUCACGGCCCCCUCGCAUCGUCCCGAGAACAUCACCCUACGACUCGUCCCUUCGAGCGCGUGGGGAGGCAGGGGCCUGCUCGGCUGCCACAUCGUCCCGCUUUAA